UUGGCGCCCCACGUGCUGCCGGCCCUUGCUGAGGUCUCGCGGAAGCUCGCUCGGCGGUUACCCUUGGCAACCAAGGCACGCGCCGUAGCUACGAGCGGGCCGGCGCUCCUUGGGUAGCGCGGCCACCCUGAGGGGGGCAGAAGCUGAGGCGGUGGCCAUGGAAGAGGCCGCGACGGCGACGAGGACGACCGCCAGCACCACAACGGAGGGCACCUUCUGCCUGCACCAGGUUACAGUAACUGAAAGCUCUGAAGAUGACUAUCAGUAUGAAGAGGUACCAACAGAUGAUGACUUUAACUUGCAAGAAGGUGAUGAAGACCUGGCAAAAGCUUUAUGCACUAUGCAAGAACAGGCUGUUGAUGCCCAAAUUAUGGCUCAACGGCCAAGCCAGGCUGCUAAGCAUUCCUUGUCUGAAACACCAGAAGUUGUAGAUGAUUUCCUUUGCAAUUUCCUAAUCAGAAUGGGCAUGAACAGAACUUUGGACUGCUUUCAAACUGAAUGGUAUGAACUGAUGCAGAGAGGUUUACUUGAACCUAAAGACAUUGGAUUUGUUCCAGAUGCAUACACCUGCAAUCAGCAGCUGGAGAGGGAAAACAAAUAUUUAAAAAAGGAAAUGGAGAGCUAUAAGUUUGCAGCCAACAAAGCUAAAGAGCUACUGUUAAAAGUGCAGAAAGAGCGUGACUUCCAUCGAAUGCAUCAUAAACGAGUGGUCCAGGAAAAGAACAGGCUCAUUAAUGAUAUUAAAAGGUUGAAGACACAUUAUGCAUCGUAUGAGCCAAUGUUAAGGCAGUUGAAAGAAAAAUAUGAGACUUUGCUGAGAGAAAAAAUGCUUACAAGUUUGGAAAGAGAUAGAGCAGUUGGACAGAUUACAGGCUUGCAAGCUACCUUACAAAGCUUGGAGUCUGGAAACAGUGUGCACAUUCCAGUGGCCAGAGCUGGUCAUAGGUGUGAAAGAGAGGAUGGACUAGAAGGACCCUCCCAAAGAGCUAUCAGAGAGGCUAGGGAACAAAAAGUGUAUUCUGGAGUUAACCCUUAUGAUCCAGCAAAAGAUCCAACGAAACAGAUUGGCAAGAGAUAUCCAAAGGAUUCAGAAUUUCCUGAAGAUAUUCAAGUGAAUCCUUACCUUGCACGUGCAAAGGAAUGUGUGCGCCCACUAAAGUCUGGAGUAUAUAGGCUGAGCAACACUUUGAAAGUACAUGAUCUAGCAGUGAGCUG